CACCCCCCCCCCCCAAUGAUCCUCAUCACUGCAUCCGUUCGCCUUGCUUCAGACCCAGUGUUCUCAUUUACAUCACAAAGUUAUAACAUAUCAGUAAUCUUGAGGACCUCGUCCUCAGGCACCCCCAUCACCGUAUAUUGUAAUUCGAAAACGAUGCUGUGGGCGGCAUUAAACUACAUGACAAAGGGAUCCUCUUGGAUCAUUAAGGGUGAAUCCCGAAUUAGCGCAUGGGUGAACGAAAACAAUCGUGCCCGGGUUAACGUAUCCCUGACCCUGGAUGAAUUACGAGAAGGAUUCAUCAUGAAUCCUGACGGACAUAUUGUCCGCCAGGGACAACAUGAACACCCACUGGUCUUUAGAGACGUCGACGAAACCCCAUUUACUGUCAAAGACAAGUAUGAAUUGCUUAAAAAAAUCAUUCAACUUCCCGACUCGCAGCUUUCGUUUGGAAGUCAAACUCAUCUUCCGGGCCUACGAGAGUUCCUUGAAACUCUAGAGAAACAAGUACAAGCAGAAUCACCCCCGAAUGAAUUGUCGUCACUUGACGAGUGAAGAUUUUUUUUUUCAUUUUACUUUGCUCUUGACUCUUGGCUCUUGGCUCUUGGCUCUUUGCUCGUGGUUCUUUGCACUUUGCCCUUUGCUCUUAGCUUGUGGCUCUUGGCUAGUGGCUCUUUGCCCUUUGCGUGUUUUCUCUUUGUGCG